AUGGGUUCAGCCACAGAGAUUCCAACAUACACUGGAAAGACCGUCUUGGUCACUGGAGCAGCUGGUACACUCGGACAAGCGACUGCAAUCUCGUUUGCCGCCGCGGGAAUUGCCCGUCUCGCCAUCGUUGACCACGUCGACGUUUCGGAUACCCGCGAAAAGGUUCUUCAGGCAGCUAUCGACGUCGGCAAACCGACGCCCGAUGUGCUUGCCUUGACCAUCGACGUCUAUGAUGCCGCGAGCGUCGAGGCAGGCGUGCGGGAGGUGAGCUCAAUGUGGGAUCAUGUCGACACUUUUGUCAACAUCGCAGCUUCUUCGUCUAAAACCGUCAUCCCUCAGGGCGAUGUAAUUGGAUUAAGAGACGUGAAUACCUGGUGGAAGGUCUGGGAGACUAACGCUAAGGGCAUAAGUCUCAUGGCUCGAGCCCUACUGCCUCUCUUAUCACGCGGCUCCGAAAGGACGAUCGUGAAUGCGGUUCCUGUGUUCUCCGCCAAUCCUGCGGCACCUGCAAACGAUAGCCAAUUGUCAGUGCUGUCUUCUACGCGGCUUUCUGAGAGUCUUAUGCUCGACUACGCCCACGAGGGCCUGUUGGUCUACUCUGUGAACCCAGAAAUCGAUUUGGAAGGAAGAGUGCUAGAAGUCGCGGGGCAAGAUGCGGCGAUGUCAUUGUCCAUCUGA